GCGCGACAGCGAUUGGUCGAUCGCGUACGCCGCCGACUUUCGAUCUCUUAAAGCACAACAGCCUGCCGUUGAUAGAAGUGUAUGGGGGAAAAAUACAAAAAUUUAUUAGUGAAGAGUCUCAGACGCAUUUACACAUUACAUAGGGAGAGAGACCAUUAGAGGAGUCUUGUAUUUGAACUUCUGUCUUCUUCAUAUAGCCAAUACUGUACCCAAAAUAACUAACAAAAACACAAAAUAAUAACAAUAAAUAGAAAAGUCUGCAUAUGGCAUCUGGAGAUAAUGCUGUCCAUCUUUUGGCCGGAGGAAUUGGUGGUACAGUAGGUGCUAUCAUAACAUGUCCACUUGAAGUUCUGAAAACACGACUACAAUCCUCAGUUGCCACGUUUCACCAUUCUUCGGUGUAUGUUCCGUCUCCGGUCUCCACACACUCCCUUGCACCCCAAACUUUCGUUGGAUUACGUUCACCAGGUUACAAUGCAUUGGAACUGUCUCAGAAUUUACUAACAAACCGACCAAGAGUUUCAUUUGGAAUCUAUGUAUGUCUACGCCACAUAGUGGAAACUGAAGGUCUAAAAGGAUUAUUUAAAGGACUUGGCCCGAAUCUUGUUGGAGUUGCUCCUUCACGGGCUUUGUACUUUUUUGCAUAUGCUAAUAUGAAAAUGACCCUAAAUUCAGUAUUAGCACCUGAUACACCUCUGGUCCACAUCUUCUCUGCAUUAGCAGCUGGUUUCACUGCAAGCACAGCUACAAAUCCAAUUUGGUUUGUCAAGACUCGGUUGCAAUUGGAUCAGAAGAAAGACAACAGUUUAAAGUGUCGUGACUGUAUUAAGAACAUUUACCAACAGAGUGGUGUUAGAGGUUUCUACAAAGGCAUCACCGCUUCCUACUUUGGAAUGACCGAAACCGUUAUUCAUUUUGUGAUAUAUGAAGCUCUCAAGAGCCGGUUCCUUGCCUACAAUAAUCAAAAGCAGAGUGGCAGCUACACUAACAAUGAACGGAAACCAUCAGAUUUCCUCUACUGCAUGCUUUCUGGUGCCAUUUCCAAGACUUGUGCUACAUGCAUUGCAUAUCCACAUGAAGUUGCACGGACAAGGUUACGUCAAGAAGGCCUCAAAUACACCUCCUUUUUCCAGACGUUAUUCCUCGUUGCUCGCGAAGAAGGUUUCUUGGCUUUGUACCGUGGUCUUGGCACACAGUUCGUACGUCAGAUACCUAACACAGCAAUAGUGAUGUCCACAUACGAACUUGUUGUUUACAAGUUGUCUGACCGGUGAACUCUUCUUUAGCAAACUGUGAUUUAAUAGGUCUUGUGAAACUUGGCGUUUUAGCAAUGCAGAGAGGGCCAGAAGGGAGAAACUACUGGUUCUUUUAUGAUGCUGCAGAAGACAUUUAAUUUUCUUGGGACCUUUUGUAAAAGAUUUUCCUUGGCUGUACUAAACAAACAAACAAACAAACAAAAAAAAAACUGAAAUGGACUACAGGCCAAAAGUCCCAAGUGCUUUAUAUGAAUUUUUUUAAGGAAAAAAAAAAACCAUCCGUAGCCAUGCAAAGCAUCUUGUGACCAACACAAUUGGUAACAUAGUUGUUAAUCAUUAAACUAUUUAACGUUUA